AUGAGUUACUACAAUCAGCAGCAGGCUCCAGUUGGUGUUCCUCCUCCACAAGGGUAUCCUCCAAAGGAUGCUUACCCUCCACCAGGGUACCCUUCACAGGGUUACCCUCAGCAGGAGUACCCUCCUCCACAGGGUUACCCACAACAAGGGUACCCACAGCAAGGCUAUGCUCCCCAGUAUGCUCAGCAGCCCCCUCCUAAGCAAGAAAGUGCUGGUUUGCUUCAAGGAUGUGAUUGUUGCCUAAUAGUCUAA